AUGGGCUGGAGCGGCGGCGGCGGCGGCUGCCGGGGAGUCCGGAGCGGAGGGGACCUGCUGUGCCUGCUCACCCUCUGGCUGGGCUUUUUGCUGCCCGCCUGCAGGACUCGCGUGUACACCAACCACUGGGCGGUGAGGAUAAGUGGCGGACUCCCAGAAGCCGACAGGAUAGCUAGCAAGUACGGCUACAUCAAUAUAGGACAGAUUGGAGCACUGAAGGAUUACUACCACUUCUACCAUAGUAAAACAAUUAAAAGGUCAGUUCUCUCAAGUAGAGGUACUCACAGCUUCAUUUCAAUGGAACCAAAGGUGGAAUGGAUAGAACAACAAGUUGUAAAAAGAAGGAUAAAGAGAGAUUACAAACCUGUUGGUACCCAAUCUACAUAUUUUAAUGAUCCCAAAUGGCCAAGUAUGUGGUACAUGCAUUGCAGUGAUAAUACAAACCUCUGUCAGUCAGAUAUGAAUAUUGCAGGUGCCUGGAAGAGAGGCUACACUGGAAAGAGGAUUGUGAUCACCAUCUUGGAUGAUGGCAUUGAGAGAAACCACCCAGAUCUGAUGCAGAAUUAUGACCCAGAGGCCAGUUUUGAUGUCAAUGGUAACGAUAUUGACCCCAUGCCUCGGUAUGAUGCCAACAAUGAAAACAAGCAUGGAACCCGUUGUGCUGGAGAAGUGGCAGCUACUGCAAACAAUUCACACUGUAUAGUAGGAAUUGCAUUUAAUGCCAAAAUUGGGGGGGUACGGAUGCUAGAUGGUGAUGUUACAGACAUGGUGGAAGCAAAAUCACUAAGCCUCAAUCCCCAACACAUACACAUCUACAGUGCUAGCUGGGGGCCAGAUGAUGAUGGGAAGACAGUUGAUGGACCUGCUCCUUUAACACGCCAGGCUUUUGAGAAUGGUGUCAGAAUGGGCCGAGGCAACUUGGGUUCCAUAUAUGUUUGGGCUUCUGGAAAUGGUGGAAGGAGUAAGGAUCAUUGUUCCUGUGAUGGCUACACCAAUAGCAUCUACACUAUCUCCAUCAGCAGCACAGCUGAAAGUGGGAGAAAACCUUGGUAUCUAGAAGAAUGUGCAUCUACGCUAGCUACAACAUACAGCAGCGGAGAAUCCUAUGACAGGAAAAUAGUCACUACAGAUUUGAGACAGCGUUGCACAGAUAGCCACACAGGAACAUCAGCCUCUGCACCUAUGGCUGCAGGAAUCAUUGCACUGGCAUUGGAAGCAAAUCGAUUACUGACAUGGAGAGAUGUACAGCAUAUCAUUGUAAGGACUUCACGGGCAGGACAUCUGAUUGCUAAUGACUGGAAAACCAAUGCUGCUGGUUACAAGGUUAGCCACCUAUAUGGAUUUGGAUUAAUGGAUGCUGAAGCGAUGGUGAAGGAAGCAGAAAAAUGGACAACUGUUCCUCCCCAGCAUGUGUGUGUUGAGAACACAGAUCGUCAAAUAAAAACAAUACGACCAGAUAGCAUUCGUAAUGGACCAGAUAAUGGAGUUCGCUCAAUAUAUAAAGCCACAGGCUGUGCAGAUAAUCCCAAUCACCAUGUGAUCUACCUGGAACAUGUUGUUGUGCGUAUCACUAUAAUGCACCCACGACGGGGUGACCUGGCAAUUUAUUUAACAUCUCCCUCUGGAACAAGGUCUCAGCUUUUGGCUAACAGGUUGUUUGAUCAUUCCAUGGAAGGGUUCAAAAACUGGGAUUUCAUGACUACUCAUUGCUGGGGUGAAAAAGCAGCUGGUGACUGGAUCUUAGAAAUUUAUGAUACCCCAUCACAGCUGAGAAACGUCAAAACUCCAGGUAAAUUGAAAGAAUGGUCUUUAGUACUUUACGGGACAUCCACCCAGCCUUACUCCCAAAGAAAUGAUUUCCCAAAAGCUGAACGGGUACGCUCAAGUCCAAUAGAAGACCCAACCGAAGAUUAUGGGACAGAUGAUUAUGCAGGUCCAUGCAAUGCAGAGUGCAGUAAGGUAGGAUGUGGUGGGCCUGGACCAGACCAUUGCAAUGACUGUCUACACUACUACUACAAAUCUAAAAACAACACAAGAAUCUGUGUUCCCAAUUGUCCAACUGGCCACUACAGUGCAGAUAAGAAGCGCUGCAAAAAAUGUUCAGCCAACUGUGAAACUUGUUUUGGAGGUCACAAUGACCAGUGCAAUACUUGCAAACCUGGUUACUAUAUCCAUGAAGAAACCAGAAAUUGCAUUUCCAGCUGCCCAGAUGGAUUUUACCUGGAUAAUAAUAAAAUUGUCUGCCGUAAAUGCAGUGAAAACUGUAAGACAUGCACUGAAUUUCAAACCUGCACAGAAUGCAGACAUGGCCUAAGUUUACAGGGAUCCAGAUGUGUUAUCCACUGUGAAGAUGGAAAGUAUUAUAAUGGCAGGGAGUGUGAGCCAUGCCACCAUUCUUGUGCUUCUUGUGCAGGCCCAGGAGCAGAUGCUUGUAUAAACUGCACAGAAGAGUAUCUUAUGGAGAAUGGAAGAUGUGUACUGGCCUGCAACAUUGGCUACUACUUUGAUCACUCUCUAGAAAAUGCAUACAAAACCUGUAAAAAAUGUGAUGCCAGCUGUUUCGGGUGCAGUGGUCCAGGAGAGAGAAACUGUACGAGUUGUCCAAAUGGCUAUAUCUUAGAUACAGGUGUCUGUGUAGUUGGCCUAGUUUGCAAGGAUGGAGAAUAUAUUGAUCCUGGUGGUCACUGUCAAUUCUGUGAUGCUUCGUGUUCUAAGUGCAUAGGACCAACCUCAAAGGACUGCAUCCGCUGUGUAUCCACAAGACUUUUGGAUGAUGGACGCUGUGUUCUCCGGUGCCCUAAAGGAAAAUUUGAAUUUCAAAAUCAGUGUCAUUUGUGCCAUCACACGUGUAAGGAAUGCAAUGGAAGUGAACCUACCAAGUGCACAGCUUGUGGAACAGACAAGAAAGGCAUCAACCAGUUCCUCUACUUGGGGGAGUGUCGACUGAAAUGCCCCCUUGGCUACUAUCAUUCAGAGGACAAUGUCUGUGAGCCUUGCUUUGAGCAUUGUGAAGUGUGCCUCGAUCAAACUGAGUGCAAGAGAUGCUUUGAAGGAUACUAUCUGGCUGAUAAUAGCUGCCAGAAGCACAUGUGUAGAACAGGUGAAGUGAAGGAUCCUGACUCAGACGACUGUGUUCCAUGUGCAGAUGGAUGCCAGACUUGCAGCUCGGAUGACCCAAGAAUCUGCACAUCAUGCAUUCAUAAUUAUUAUAUGUACAAGCAGGAGUGUUAUAGAAGUUGUCCUCAGAAUACCUACAAUGAUGAAAACUCUCUCCUUUGCAUAGACUGUCACCCACAUUGUGGAAGCUGUGACCAAUAUGAGUGUUACUGGUGUACAGAAGGCUUUUUUCUCCUUGAUGCGAAAUGUGUGAAUGACUGCGGAGCAGGUUUCUACAGUGAUGAGAUCACAGCAGAAUGUGAACCAUGCCACAGGACCUGUGCAACAUGUGAAGGGUUCAACUACAAUGACUGUACUAGCUGCAAAGGAACUUUUGAACUAGUCCAUGGAAAGUGCGUAAAGCCCAAAAGCAAGCAAGUAGAUGGGAAAUUCUGGAAUGAGAGAGAGAAGCUGCACACCACAAAUGGCUUGGGCUCUGCAGACCUGAAAGGCCACUUCCUCCAUUAUGCCCGUUCGCAAUCUUUACAGUCAGCUGAGAAUGAUCUCUUGAUUGUGCCAUCCGUGUACAGAGGCCAGGUGGAAAGGGCAGUGAGAGAGGUGUUCUCGGUGGCUGCUCCACAGUUGUGGAAGCCCCUUCCCCUGGAGGUUCACCAAAGUAAAAGCCCGAGCAUUGUCCGGAAGAAAUGGAAAUUUCUUUUUGCUGAGUCCUGUAUCUCCCCUUGCCCCCAAGGAACUUUUGGAAAUAUGAGGAUGAGGAAGUGUGAGAGCUGCACAGGUGACUGUGAAGAAUGCAUUAAAACCAACCAUUGUUUGAAGUGUCGAUCUGAUUUAGAUGAACCACGUUAUUUGCACCAAGGCCAAUGCCUCCUGGAGUGUCCUGAGGGCUUUUUUACUGAAGAUGGGAUCUGCACAAUCUGCAGCCACCCCUGCAAGACAUGUAAAGAAAAUGCCACCACAUGUCUGUCCUGUGAAAGCCCCUUGUUCCUAGAGCAAUCAGAGUGUAAAGAUGCCUGCUCAGAGAAGCACUUCGCAGCUGAUGGCGUUUGUACGGAGUGCCCAGAGAUGUGUCAAGAAUGCAUUAAUGAAAACAUAUGUAAAGUAUGUGAGCCUCCAUUUCUGCUGCACCGUAAGAGAUGUUUACAUGAUUGCCCGUCUGGCUUCUUUGAUGACACCAUCCACUGUUUUCCCUGUCAUGAACACUGUGAGGAAUGUGAUGGCCCAGAUUCUGAUGACUGCACAAAGUGUCUUGAUGAUGCUUUUGUUCUAUAUAAUGCUGAAUGCAUGGACGAAUGCCCAGAAGGCACUUACUAUGAAGAACAGAAUACAGCCUGUCAAGAUUGUGACAAGACAUGCCAAACUUGCUCAUCUUCCACUUUCUGCACUACUUGUAGAGAAGGACUGUUGAUGAGCCAUCCUGGUCACUGCGAGACACCGUGCAUCCUCAAUGAGUAUUAUGACGAAUAUACAAAGACAUGCAGGCCUUGUCACAGAAAGUGUUUGAGUUGUACAGGCUUUGCUGAAGAUCAUUGCCUCAGCUGUCUAAACAACUGGUAUCUCCUCAAUACAACUUGCGUAGAAGUCUGUCCCAAAGGCUAUUACAUGGACAGAGAUGAACAUAAAUGUUAUCCUUGCCACAAGAGCUGUGAGACUUGCAAUGGAAGACACAGCAGACAGUGCCUGUCUUGCCACCCAGGCUGGUACAAACAAGAAAAUGGAUGUGUACACACCUGUACAACUGGAUAUUAUGCAAACAAUGUCACUGGUUCUUGCGAGAAAUGCCACAAAACUUGUAAGGAAUGUGUAGGUGCCUCCUGCCCUGAACAUUACUUUGCAGAUCAUAAUAAAAAUACCUGUGAACGGUGCCAUCCAACCUGCCAUUCUUGCCAUGCUGAAUUUAGUUCUGAUAUUCUGCAAGCCAAAACUCCUCAUGUUAUACUUCUUGAUUGGAGGACCCACAAAGAUGUGAAAAAUGCCAUGAGAGUUGUACAGAGUGCAAGGGACUUGGAAACAAGCAGAACCCAAAUCCAAAUUUCUUCCUGUGUUUCUGAUUUCAAGGAGGACCCACAAAGAUGUGAAAAAUGCCAUGAGAGUUGUACAGAGUGCAAGGGACUUGGUGCUCUCAACUGUACUGUGUGUCCUCCUAAUGCCGAACUCUAUCUGGAUGAAAGUCGUUGUGUGUCCUGCUGUAAGAGUCAUGGGCCUGAAGAAACUGGAGAUUGUUGCGAUUGCAGUGAAAUCCGAGGAGAGUGCAUAUUACGCACCAGUUUGAACUUGCCUGAUGAAUAUAAAGGAAAAAGUGCAGCUUUGGUUGUUGCCUCAUCCAUUUUGUUAAUCCUCAUCACUGGAGCUAUUAUUUUCAUCUGGAGAAGGUCACGAGCCAAACCCAAGCCACUAAACCAAGGUGGAUAUGAAAAGCUGGCAGACAAUGCAAAGACUCUCACUUCUAUCAAAAGUAAUCACUACCAAAGCACCAGUUACCCAGAAGAUCAGGUGAUUGAAUACAAAGAUCGAGACGAUUAUGAUGAUGAUGAUGACGAUGAUGAUAUUGUCUACAUGGGCCAAGAUGGCACAGUCUAUCGUAAAUUUAAAUAUGGACUUCUGGAGGAUGAUGCAGAAGAUGAACUGGAGUAUGAUGAUGAAAGUUACUCUUUUAGAUAG